UUGACAGAGGAAACACAGAGCACAGGUUCUUCCAAUCAAGGACCCUUUAAAGGCCCAGGCCUGGGAAGGGGUGGGGACUGCCCUUUCUCACCCACCCUUGGGCGGUGGCAGGGCAGAGCUGGGGAGAACUGUCUCCUCCUCUUUCCCCCGCAGCUGCUCAUUUCAGCUGGGUGGACCCGAGGCUGCAACUCCGUGGGCUCCCGCAGGAGUGGAUCUGCUCCGGCCAGGAUGCCUGCGGCGGCCGCCGGGAUCCUCUUGGUCCUGCUCUUGGGGACGCUUGAAGGCUCCCAGACUCAGCGGCGACAGUCCCAAGCGCAUCAACAGAGAGGUUUAUUUCCUGCUGUCCUGAAUCUUGCUUCGAAUGCACUCAUCACAACCAAUGCUACAUGUGGGGAAAAAGGACCCGAGAUGUACUGCAAGUUGGUGGAACAUGUCCCCGGGCAGCCUGUGAGGAACCCUCAGUGCCGAAUCUGCAAUCAGAACAGCAGCAAUCUAUACCAGAGGCACCCGAUCACAAAUGCUAUUGAUGGCAAGAACACUUGGUGGCAGAGUCCCAGUAUCAAGAAUGGAGUGGAAUACCAUUAUGUGACAAUUACUCUGGAUUUACAGCAGGUGUUCCAGAUUGCCUACGUAAUUGUGAAGGCAGCCAAUUCCCCUCGGCCUGGAAACUGGAUUUUGGAACGUUCCCUGGAUGACGUGGAGUACAAACCAUGGCAGUAUCAUGCGGUGACAGACACGGAGUGCCUGACCCUCUACAAUAUCUAUCCCCGCACUGGACCACCAUCCUAUGCCAAAGAUGAUGAGGUCAUCUGCACUUCAUUCUAUUCCAAGAUCCACCCUUUAGAAAAUGGAGAGAUUCACAUUUCUUUGAUCAAUGGGAGACCAAGUGCUGACGAUCCCUCCCCUGAACUCCUGGAAUUCACCUCUGCUCGCUACAUUCGCCUGAGAUUUCAGAGGAUCCGCACCUUGAAUGCAGACUUGAUGAUGUUUGCUCACAAAGACCCCAGAGAAAUCGAUCCCAUUGUCACACGAAGAUAUUACUAUUCUGUCAAGGAUAUUUCGGUUGGCGGGAUGUGCAUCUGUUAUGGUCAUGCCCGGGCUUGUCCACUUGACCCUGCAACAAAUAAAUCACGCUGUGAGUGUGAACAUAACACCUGUGGGGAAAGCUGUGACAGGUGCUGUCCAGGAUUCCAUCAGAAGCCUUGGAGAGCUGGAACCUUCCUCACCAAGUCUGAAUGUGAAGCAUGCAAUUGUCAUGGAAAAGCUGAGGAAUGCUAUUAUGAUGAAACUGUUGCUAGCAGAAAUCUAAGUUUAAAUAUACAUGGGAAGUACAUCGGAGGGGGUGUGUGCAUCAACUGCACACAUAACACGGCUGGGAUAAAUUGUGAGACGUGUGUUGAUGGAUUCUUCAGACCAAAAGGGGUGUCACCAAAUUAUCCAAGACCAUGCCAGCCAUGUCACUGUGAUUCAACUGGCUCCCUUAGUGAAGUCUGUGUCAAAGAUGAGAAAUACGCCCAGCGAGGGUUGAAACCUGGAUCCUGUCACUGCAAAACUGGCUUUGGAGGCAUGAACUGUGAUCGCUGUGUCAGGGGUUACCGUGGUUACCCAGACUGCCAACCCUGCAACUGUAGUGGCUUGGGGAGCACAAAUGAGGACCCUUGCCUUGGGCCCUGUAGCUGUAAGGAGAAUGUUGAAGGUGAAGACUGUAGCCGUUGCAAAUCUGGUUUCUUCAACUUGCAAGAAGAUAAUCAGAAAGGCUGUGAGGAGUGUUUCUGUUCAGGGGUAUCAAACAGAUGUCAGAGUUCCUACUGGACCUACGGGAAUAUUCAAGACAUGCAUGGUUGGUAUCUCACAGACCUCCCUGGCCGCAUUCGGAUGGUUCCCCAGCUUGAUAACCCUGACUCACCUCAGCAGAUCAGCAUCAGUAACUCUGAGGCCCGGAAAUCCCUGCCAGAUGGUUACUACUGGAGUGCACCACCUCCAUAUCUGGGAAACAGACUUGCAGCUGUUGGAGGACACUUGUCAUUUACCAUCUCAUAUGGCCUCGAAGAAGAGGAAGAUGAUACAGAAAAAAUCCUUCAGCUGAUGAUUAUCUUUGAGGGAAAUAACUUAAGAAUCAGCACAGCGUAUAAGGAGGUGUACUUAGAGCCAUCUGAAGAACACGUUGAGGAGGUGCCACUCAAAGAAGAGGCCUUUACCAUACAUGGAACAAAUUUGCCAGUCACUAGAAAAGAUUUCAUGAUUGUUCUCACAAAUUUGGAGAGAGUCCUUAUGCAAAUCACAUACAACUUAGGGAUGGACGCCAUCUUCAGACUGAGUUCUGUCAAUCUUGAAUCUGCUGUCCCUUAUCCUACUGAUAGACGUAUCGCAACUGAUGUGGAAGUUUGCCAGUGUCCACCCGGGUACAGUGGCAGCUCUUGUGAAACAUGUUGGCCUAGGUACCGAAGAGUUAACGGCACUAUUUUUGGUGGCAUUUGUGAACCAUGUCAGUGCUUUGCUCAUGCAGAAGCAUGUGAUGACAUCACAGGAGAAUGUCUGAACUGUAAGGAUCACACAGGUGGGCCAUACUGCAAUGAAUGUCUCCCUGGUUACUAUGGUGACCCUACUCGAGGAACCCCUGAAGACUGUCAGCCCUGUGCCUGUCCACUCAAUAUCCCAUCAAAUAACUUUAGUCCAACAUGCCAUUUAGACCGGAGUCUGGGAUUGAUCUGUGAUGAGUGUCCUAUUGGGUACACAGGACCACGCUGUGAGAGGUGUGCAGAAGGCUAUUUUGGACAACCUUCCGUACCUGGAGGAUCAUGUCAGCCAUGCCAAUGCAAUGACAACCUUGACUACUCCAUCCCUGGCAGCUGUGACAGCCUGUCUGGCUCCUGUCUGAUUUGUAAGCCGGGUACAACAGGCCGGUACUGUGAGCUCUGUGCUGAUGGGUAUUUUGGAGACGCGGUUAAUGCAAAGAACUGUCAACCAUGCCGUUGUAACAUCAAUGGCUCCUUCUCAGAGAUUUGUCACACUAGAACUGGGCAAUGUGAGUGCAGACCCAAUGUGCAGGGGCGGCACUGUGACGAGUGUAAGCUCAGUACCUGGUGGGACCCAGCGAAGCGAUUCUGUGAGUCUUGUGACUGCAGUCCCCUGGGCUCUGUGUCACCGCAGUGUGAUGUGAUGGGAAGAUGUAUCUGUAAAUCAGGCUUUGUAGGAAAACAGUGCAGCCUCAGCAGGCAGGUGCACCAUCAAGAGGCACAGAGAGCACAGCAGGUGCUGGGGUCUCCUCCUCGGAGGUGGGGUUUCAGCAGCUCCAGCGGGUGCCCUCGGGGAGCUUAUCCAGCCCCUGUGCCGCCUGAAACCUUUGGCCUGCAACUGGGAAGGGGUUGUCUGCCCUGCAACUGCAAUUCUUUUGGGUCGAAGUCGUUUGACUGUGAAGCGAGUGGGCAGUGCUGGUGCCAGCCUGGAGUAGCAGGGAAGAAAUGUGACCGUUGUGCCCAUGGCUACUUCAACUUCCAAGAAGGAGGCUGCAUAGCUUGUGACUGUUCUCAUCUGGGCAACAACUGUGACCCAAAAACUGGUCAAUGCAUUUGCCCACCCAAUACCACUGGAGAAAAGUGUUCUGAGUGUCUUCCCAACACCUGGGGCCACAGCAUUGUCACCGGCUGUAAGGUUUGUAACUGCAGCACUGUGGGGUCCUUGGCUUCUCAGUGCAAUGUAAACACGGGCCAGUGCAGCUGUCAUCCAAAAUUCUCUGGUAUGAAAUGCUCAGAGUGCAGCCGAGGUCACUGGAACUAUCCUCUCUGCACUCUAUGUGACUGCUUCCUUCCAGGGACAGAUGCCACGACUUGUGAUUCAGAGACUAGGAAAUGCUCCUGUAGUGAUCAAACUGGACAGUGCAGCUGUAAGGUGAAUGUGGAAGGCGUCCACUGUGACAGGUGCCGGCCUGGCAAAUUUGGACUAGAUGCCAAGAAUCCACUUGGCUGCAGCAGCUGCUACUGCUUUGGAGUUACUAGUCAAUGCUCUGAAGCAAAAGGACUGAUUCGUACGUGGGUGACUUUGAGUGAUGAGCAGACCAUUCUACCUCUGGUGGAUGAGGCCCUGCAGCACACGACUACCAAAGGCAUUGCUUUCCAGAAACCAGAGAUUGUUGCAAAGAUGGAUGAAGUCAGGCAAGAUCUCCAUUUGGAACCUUUUUACUGGAAACUCCCACAACAAUUUGAAGGGAAAAAGUUGAUGGCUUAUGGGGGCAAACUCAAGUAUGCCAUCUAUUUUGAGGCUCGGGAUGAGACAGGCUUUGCCACAUAUAAACCUCAAGUUAUCAUUCGAGGUGGAACUCCUACUCAUGCUAGAAUUAUUACCAGAUACAUGGCUGCCCCUCUCAUUGGCCAGUUGACACGGCAUGAAAUAGAAAUGACAGAGAAAGAAUGGAAAUAUUAUGGUGAUGAUCCGCGAAUCAGUAGAACUGUGACCCGUGAAGACUUCUUGGAUAUACUAUAUGAUAUUCACUAUAUCCUUAUCAAGGCUACUUAUGGAAAUGUUGUGAGACAAAGCCGCAUUUCUGAAAUCUCCAUGGAAGUAGCCGAACCAGGACAUGUAUUAGCAGCGAGCCCGCCAGCACACUUGAUAGAAAGAUGCGACUGCCCUCCUGGCUAUUCUGGCUUGUCUUGUGAGACGUGUGCACCAGGAUUUUAUCGACUGCGUUCUGAACCAGGUGGCCGCACUCCUGGACCAACCUUAGGAACCUGUGUUCCCUGUCAAUGUAAUGAACACAGCAGCCAGUGUGAUCCUGAGACCUCAGUAUGCCAGAAUUGUCAGCAUCACACUGCUGGUGACUUCUGUGAGCGCUGUGCCCUUGGCUACUAUGGAAUUGUCAAGGGAUUGCCAAAUGACUGUCAACCAUGCGCUUGUCCUCUGAUUUCGCCCAGCAACAAUUUCAGCCCCUCUUGUGUAUUGGAAGGUCUGGAAGAUUACCGUUGCACAGCCUGCCCAAGGGGAUAUGAAGGACAGUACUGUGAAAGGUGUGCCCCAGGCUACAGUGGCAGCCCAAGCAGCCCCGGAGGCUCCUGCCAAGAAUGUGAGUGUGACCCUUAUGGCUCCCUACCGGUUCCCUGUGACCGGGUCACGGGACUCUGCACGUGCCGCCCUGGAGCCACAGGAAGGAAGUGUGAUGGCUGCGAGCACUGGCAUGCACGCGAGGGUGCAGAGUGUGUCUUUUGUGGAGACGAGUGUACAGGACUUCUUCUUGGUGACCUGGCUCGUCUAGAGCAGAUGACCUUGAACAUCAACCUCACGGGCCCACUGCCUGCUCCAUAUAAAAUUCUGUAUGGUCUUGAAAAUACAACUCAGGAACUCAAGCACCUGCUAUCACCGCAACAGGCACCAGAGAGGCUCAUUCAGUUGGCAGAGGGCAAUGUGAACACACUUGUGAUGGAAACGAAUGAGCUUCUAAACAGAGCAACCAAAGUGACAGCAGAUGGUGAGCAAACAGGACAAGAUGCUGAGAGGACCAACUCCAGAGCAGAAUCCUUGGAAGAAUUCAUUAAAGGGCUUGUCCAGGAUGCUGAAGCCAUAAAUGAAAAAGCUGUAAAACUAAAUGAAACCUUAGGAAAUCAAGAUAAGACAGCAGAGAGAAACUUGCAAGAGCUUCAGAAGGAGAUCGACCGGAUGCUGAAGGAACUGAGAAGUAAAGAUCUUCAAACACAGAAGGAAGUUGCUGAGGAUGAGCUCGUGGCAGCAGAAGGCCUUCUGAAGAGAGUAAACAAGCUGUUUGGAGAGCCUAGAGCCCAGAAUGAAGAAAUGGAAAAGGAUCUCCAGCAGAAACUGGCAGAGUACAAGAACAAACUUGAUGAUGCUUGGGAUCUAUUGAGAGAAGCCACUGAUAAAACUCGUGAUGCUAAUCGCUUGUCUGCUGGCAAUCAAAAAAACAUGACCAUAUUGGAGACAAAGAAGGAGGCUCUUGAAGGUAGCAAACGGCAAAUAGAGAACACUUUAAAGGAGGGCAAUGACAUCCUUGAUGAAGCCAAUCGACUCUUAGGCGAAAUCAACUCAGUCAUAGAUUAUGUCGAUGACAUUAAAACUAAGUUGCCACCAAUGUCUGAGGAGCUGAGUGACAAAAUAGAUGACCUCGCCCAGGAAAUAAAGGACAGAAGGCUUGCUGAGAAGGUGUUCCAGGCUGAGAGCCACGCUGCUCAGCUGAAUGACUCGUCUGCUGUGCUUGAUGGAAUCCUGGAUGAAGCUAAGAACAUCUCUUUCAAUGCCACGGCAGCCUUCAGAGCUUACAGUAAUAUUAAAGACUAUAUUGAUGAAGCUGAGAAAGUGGCCAGAGAAGCCAAAGAGCUUGCCCAAGGGGCUACAAAACUGGCAACAAGUCCUCAGGGCUUAUUAAAAGAAGAUGCCAAAGGCUCCCUUCAGAAAAGCUUCAGGAUCCUCAAUGAAGCCAAGAAGCUAGCAAAUGAUGUGAAAGGAAAUCACAAUGACCUAAAUGACCUGAAAACCAGGUUAGAAACUGCUGACCUUAGAAACAGUGGACUCCUAGGAGCUCUAAAUGACACCAUGGACAAGUUAUCAGCCAUUACAAAUGACACGGCUGCUAAACUGCAGGCUGUCAAAGAGAAAGCCAGAGAAGCCAAUGACACAGCAAAAGCUGUCCUGGCCCAGGUUAAGGACUUGCAUCAGAACCUAGAUGGCCUGAAGCAAAACUACAAUAAACUAGCAGACAGCGUGGCCAAAACGAACACUGUGGUGAAAGAUCCUUCCAAAAACAAAAUCAUUGCAGAUGCAGGUACUUCUGUGAGAAAUCUAGAACAGGAAGCUGACCGGCUAAUCGACAAACUCAAGCCCAUCAAGGAACUUGAGGACAACCUAAAGAAAAACAUUUCUGAAAUAAAGGAACUGAUCAACCAAGCUCGGAAACAAGCUAAUUCUAUCAAAGUAUCUGUUUCUUCGGGAGGUGACUGUGUUCGAACAUACAGGCCAGAAAUCAAGAAAGGAAGCUACAAUAACAUCGUUGUCCAUGUCAAGACCGCUGUUGCCGACAACCUCCUUUUUUACCUUGGAAGUGCCAAAUUUAUUGACUUUCUUGCUAUAGAAAUGCGUAAAGGCAAAGUCAGCUUCCUCUGGGAUGUUGGCUCUGGAGUUGGCCGAGUAGAGUAUCCAGACUUGACCAUCGAUGACUCCUAUUGGUACCGUAUUGAAGCAUCAAGAACGGGAAGAAAUGGAUCUAUUUCUGUGAGAGCUUUAGAUGGACCCAAAGCCAGUAUGUUACCCAGCACCUACCAUUCAGUGUCUCCUCCCGGGUAUACUAUCCUAGAUGUGGACGCAAAUGCAAUGCUGUUUGUUGGUGGCCUGACCGGAAAAAUAAAGAAGGCUGAUGCUGUACGGGUGACUACCUUCACCGGCUGUAUGGGAGAAACAUACUUUGACAACAAACCUAUAGGUUUAUGGAAUUUCCGGGAGAGAGAAGGCGACUGUAAAGGAUGUACUGUCAGCCCACAAGUGGAAGACAGUGAGGGGACUAUUCAGUUUGAUGGUGAAGGCUACGCAUUAGUGAGCCGCCCCAUCCGCUGGUACCCCAACAUCUCCACAGUCAUGUUCAAGUUCCGGACAUUUUCAUCAAGUGCUCUCCUGAUGUAUCUUGCCACACGAGACCUGAAAGAUUUCAUGAGUGUAGAGCUCAGUGAUGGACAUGUGAAAGUCAGCUAUGACCUGGGCUCAGGAAUGACUUCCGUUGUCAGCAAUCAAAACCAUAAUGAUGGGAAAUGGAAAGCAUUCACGCUGUCGCGGAUUCAGAAACAAGCCAACAUAUCCAUUGUAGACAUCGAUUCUAACCAGGAGGAGAAUGUAGCUACUUCAUCUUCUGGAAACAACUUUGGUCUUGACUUGAAAGCAGAUGACAAAAUAUAUUUUGGUGGCCUGCCAACUCUGAGAAACUUGAGUAUGAAAGCAAGGCCAGAAGUCAAUGUGAAGAAAUACUCAGGCUGCCUCAAAGAUAUUGAAAUUUCAAGAACACCUUACAAUAUACUCAGCAGCCCUGAUUACGUUGGUGUGACCAAAGGCUGUUCACUGGAGAAUGUUUAUACAGUUAGUUUCCCCAAGCCUGGUUUUGUGGAGCUUGCCGCUGUGUCUCUUGAUGUUGGAACAGAAAUCAAUCUGUCCUUUAGUACCAGGAACGAGUCUGGGAUCAUUCUCUUAGGAAGUGGAGGAACACUCACACCACCCAGGAGAAAACGGAGACAAACCACACAGGCUUAUUAUGCCAUAUUCCUCAACAAGGGCCGCCUGGAAGUGCAUCUCUCCUCGGGGACACGGACAAUGAGGAAAAUUGUCAUCAAACCGGAGCCAAAUUUGUUUCAUGAUGGGAGAGAACAUUCUGUCCAUGUAGAAAGAACCAGAGGCAUCUUCACUGUUCAAAUUGAUGAAGACAGAAGACAUAUGCAAAACCUGACAGAGGAACAGCCCAUCGAAGUGAAAAAGCUCUUUGUCGGGGGUGCUCCUCCUGAAUUUCAGCCCUCCCAACUCAGGAAUAUUCCGGCCUUUCAAGGCUGUGUGUGGAACCUUGUUAUUAACUCCAUCCCCAUGGACUUUGCGCAGCCUAUAGCCUUCAAAAAUGCCGACAUUGGCCGCUGUGCCUAUCAAAAGCCCCGGGAAGAUGAGAGUGAAGCGGUUCCAGCUGAAGUUAUUGUCGAGCCUCAGCCCGUGCCUACCCCUGCCUUCCCUUUCCCGGCCCCCACCGUGGUGCAUGGCCCUUGUGUUGCAGAAUCAGAACCAGCUCUUCUGACAGGGAGCAAGCAGUUUGGGCUUUCCAGAAACAGCCAUAUUGCUAUUGCUUUUGAUGACACCAAAGUUAAAAACCGCCUCACCAUUGAGCUGGAGGUACGAACUGAAGCUGAAUCAGGCUUGCUCUUCUACAUGGCUCGGAUCAAUCAUGCUGAUUUUGCUACUGUUCAGCUGAGGAAUGGCUUCCCCUACUUCAGUUAUGAUUUGGGGAGUGGGGACACAAACACCAUGAUCCCCACAAAAAUCAACGAUGGUCAGUGGCACAAGAUUAAGAUUGUGAGAGUGAAGCAGGAGGGAAUUCUUUAUGUGGAUGAUGCCUCCAGCCAAACCAUCAGUCCCAAGAAAGCCGACAUCCUGGAUGUGGUGGGGAUUCUGUAUGUCGGUGGAUUGCCGAUCAACUAUACCACACGCAGAAUUGGUCCAGUGACAUACAGCCUGGAUGGCUGUAUUAGGAAUCUUCAGAUGGAACAAGCCCCUGUUAAUCUGGACCAGCCUACCUCCAGUUUUCACAUUGGGACAUGCUUUGCAAAUGCAGAGAGCGGGACUUACUUUGAUGGAACCGGUUUUGCUAAAGCAGUUGGUGGGUUCAAAGUUGGAUUGGACCUUCUUGUGGAAUUUGAAUUCCGUACCACAAGACCCACUGGAGUCCUCCUGGGAGUCAGCAGUCAGAAGAUGGAUGGAAUGGGUAUUGAAAUGAUCGACGAGAAGCUUUUGUUCCAUGUGGAUAACGGCGCUGGCCGAUUCACUGCAGUCUAUGAUGCUGGGAUCCCAGGCCACAUGUGCAAUGGACAGUGGCAUAAAGUCACCGCCAAGAAGAUCAAAAACCGUCUUGAGCUGGUGGUAGAUGGGAACCAGGUGAAUGCCCAGAGCCCAAACUCAGCAUCAACAUCAGCUGAUACGAACGACCCUGUUUUUGUUGGCGGUUUCCCAGGUGGCCUCAAUCAGUUUGGCCUGACCACCAACAUUAGGUUCCGAGGCUGCAUCCGAUCUCUGAAGCUCACCAAAGGCACUGGCAAACCGCUGGAGGUUAAUUUUGCCAAGGCCCUGGAACUGAGGGGUGUUCAACCUGUAUCAUGCCCGACUACCUAAUAAAGAUAGUUCAACCCUGAGAAGAAUUCAUCAAAACAAGUAUAUCAAGUUAAACAAUAUACACUCCUACCAUAUUAAUAAAACUAAUGUGCAUUACAUAAAAUUCUUUCUGCACUGUGUCAGAUGGUGAUUUUUCAUACCACACACUGAAUUUUAAUUCAAGUUCUUUUUCAAGAUUACGAUUAUUAAACCAAUUAUUUCAUUCUAAA